UAAUGACAAGCGUGAUUAAAAAAGUUAAAUUUCAAAUUUCGAAAACUAACUAUUUUAAAGAUGGACCUAACGACGCGUCGAUGUGAGGAUGGGUCGGGGGAUACACUAGUGAACGGGACAGAACAGUGCCGGGAUCUAAAUGGAACGCAGAAUAGUGACGUCACGGGGGUGAUGGAAGUGUCAAGAAAGACGAAUUCGUUCAGUAUAAGAAACCUGGUCGGCGGUGAAGACUGCGAUCGGCCUGCCGACGGGAAUGCUAACUCAAACGAAGAUUAUUAUCACCAAGAUUCCUAUCAGAAGUACACCAGCAUGGGAGUAUCCGAGCCCCCAAAGGACGACUCGCCGAGGACCACGCCAGAACUCUCUAGAGCUGACCAAUCACCAGCAUCGGAACGACCACCCCCAGGAUCUGCAGACAGUGAUGAAGCGGAUGACUUCGCACCUAAGAGAAAGCAGAGGCGAUAUAGGACCACGUUUACAAGUUUCCAGCUGGAAGAAUUAGAGAAAGCCUUUUCGAGGACGCAUUAUCCUGACGUUUUUACCAGAGAGGAGUUAGCAAUGAAAAUCGGAUUAACAGAAGCAAGAAUACAGGUUUGGUUCCAAAACCGACGUGCUAAAUGGCGUAAGCAAGAGAAGGUCGGACCGCAGGCUCACCCGUACAAUCCUUACUUGGGAGGAGGGGGUGCACCUCCACCAUCAGUCGUAGCCUCCAUGCCUAACCCCUUCACACAACUUGGCUUUGGCUUCAGAAAGCCCUUUGAUGCAAAUGCUUUAGCAUCUUUUAGAUACGGCAGUUCCCCGGUUCUUGGCGCCCAGUAUCUCGGAGCACCGUUAUCUCGACCCCCACUCUUCACCGGACCGAUAUAUUCAACAACAACACCACCAUUUCACUCUCUACUAGCUGGACUAGCGGCCCCUCCGCGACAGUCUCCUGAUCCUCCAUCCGUAUCGCCUCCUAUAUCUCCAGGAAGCGAGUCUCCUCCCAGUCAGCAAGGACCUGAAGUGGAACGAAGGAGUUCCAGCAUUGCCGCAUUGCGAAUGGCAGCCAGAGAACACGAGCUCAGGUUGGAGAUGCUAAGACAACGACACCAUACGGAUCUGAUUAGUUGAGCUUGGUUAGUGUCGUGAUAGACAAUGGUAAAUAAGAUUGUUUAAAGUAUAGACAAAUACGAUUUAUAUUGUAAGGUCUCCAAAUUGAAAUUGCCUCCAUCUAAGACUUAAACAUAGAUCAAGACAAUUACACAAGAGUUUAGGACUUUAGCGAUUAUAUCUUUGCUUAUUUUAGUAAUUUAAAGUUAAACGAUCAAUCAUGCUUUAAAUUGAAACAUUUAUGAUAAAGGCAGUUUCAAUUGUCGCUGAAAGCGUGAAGAUGUAUAAAGCGAUUACAAUUACCUACCUAUGUAUUAUUACGUAAUUAUUUUAUAUUAGGUAAUGUAAAUUAAGUAUAUAAUUAUUGCUACUUGAUCCGUCCAGUUAUGCCUUACUGUUAUUUAUUAUAAUUAGGUACCUAUAAAGUAUUUCUAUUUUAUUUUCUAAGGGAUUCGUUUUGUACAAAGAUUUUAGUAAGUUAAUUUACGAAAUGGUUGUUUUAUUUUCACGAAAAUGAAUAGACAAUAAAGAUUUCAUCAUUGAAUUUUACGAAUGCACUUCUAUUGUUUCGAAUAAUUGAUUGAUGUUAUUAAUCGCAACGAAUUUCAAAUAAAUGGAGUCCUCCUGACAGAUUUCUGACAUGCCCAACAACGGGCGACAUAGUACAUGGCAAAAAUGUAUAAGCAAAUACAAGUGAACUAUGUAGUCUCUCACUCCAGACUUGGCGUUGCUACUGAGUAUUUUGCUCUAGCAGCCUGAAGUCUGAAAGUUGGAAGUGUUUUUAGAUGAACUCUCUCACUUGUGAAGAAAUGCCGUCCUACAAAAUUAUGAGAAUAAUGGAAUACAGAGUACACCUGUGAUUGCUCACACACUCAGACACUGUAACGUCUCGUAGUUGGCUGUUGAAAAUGCCGGAAUGACUGAAAUCGCACAGAAGGACAUCAUAUUCAUAUUAAUAACACUAAUAUCACCAAAGAAGCAAAUUUUUAACAAAAGCUUGGUCUGAUGUUUUCGUUGUACUUCUGUACAAAAAUGGUAAAUAAUUUUGAAAUAAAGAAUUAUAAUAUGGGUUCCAUGAAAUAAAUGGUUUACAGUGA